GUUUUAUAUUACAACCUCCAGACGAGGAAGUUGGUUAUUUGCACUCCAGCUCAAUUUCACAAACUGACAUUCACUUUAAAAUCAGCCACCGAAGGACCUUAUUGCUACUCUCUUUCUCAUAUGGGCUUGUUUGGUGAUGGCAGCUCUGUCUGUGAGCAUUGCAACAUUCAACAUGUUGCUUCAUAUCCUCUUUCUUUCAGGUGCUUUGUCUGAUUGUCCUUACGUAUCACACCUCUUCAUUACUGCACCACAGGAGAUGGAAGCACUGAGUGGAUCUUGUCUGCAGAUCCCAUGUAACUUUAGUCCUGUACCAGAUCAAAAUAUUGUCAGUACAGAAAUUGUUGGAAUUUGGAUUAAAAAACACCAUAAUCACAGACAGAAAAACAAUGUAAUUUUCGACAGUAGUAAGACAGUUAAUAUCUAUCCAAUGAAUAUCACUGAAAACCUGAGUGAGGGAAACUGCACCACUUUAUUUUCUAAUCUAAUCACAAGUUACACAGACACAUACUACUUCAGAUUUGAGAACAGUGACUACAAGGCAACAGCUGCUUGUGACCCUCUUCAAAUAACAGUUAAAGAUUCUCCUCCGAGCCCCAGAAUUGAGAUCUCAGGUGAUCUGAAGGAGAAGGAGUCUGUCACUAUAACCUGCUCAGCUUCCACUCCCUGUCCACACUCCCCUCCUAAACUCACCUGGAAUCUCACACAAGACCCUCACAACACAAUAGAGGAGAACACAGAUCGAACCUUCACAACUAAAAUCCAGGAGACCAUCACUCUGUCAGACAAACAUGAUGGAGUCACCAUCACCUGUUCUGCCACAUAUCCUGUGGAUGGAGGAAACUAUAAGACAGCAGAGGAGAGAAAGACUCUCAAUGUUUCAUAUGCUCCCAAGGACACCUCAGUGUCCAUCAGUCCAUCAGGUUUGGUGUCAGCAGGUAGCUGGGUGAACCUGACCUGUUCCAGCAGAGCCAAUCCUCCCGUCAGCAGCUUCACCUGGUUCAAGACCAGCAAAGAUGGACCCAUCAAAGUGUUUGACGGAGACUUUUACAGCUUUAAUGUGACAGAUGGAGGAUUUUAUUACUGUGUGGCCACAAAUGAUCUUGGUAAUGGAACAUCACCAGAGAUCCAUCUUUAUAUUGAGGGAGGAGAUAGCUCUGUACAAUGGGCAGCAAUUCUUGGAGGAAUCUUUGGGAUCCUUGUUCUCAUCUGCCUGGUGGUCUGUGUUUGCACUCUUGUGUGUUGGAGGCGGUUGAAGUCAACACAUUCAACUCAACAACAGAGUCAGAGUCAAACAGGUGUAGAAAUGGCUGUUGAAAAGCCAGCAAGACAACCAGAGGACAAAGAAGAAGAAGACAUCCAUUAUGGAGAGAUCGACUUCUCCCAGCAGAGAUCCAAACCGUCUGCGGCCUCUGUGCAUGACAGUGAAGGGCAACAGGAUACACUGUAUGCACAGGUCAAUGUGUCUGAGCCAGCAAAUACCUUAACACCGACCGCUGAUGGCCCAGAGGAUCUCUACGCACAAGUGAAGAAAAAAUAAGCGCUGUUUUGUUUGUGAAUUCAUAUUAAAUAAACUGUUGGUUUUAUACAUACAAUGUAUUUUUUUUAUGUUGGAUAAUGUAAAAAAAAAAAAAAGACACCAGAGUUUGGACAGGAAAAUGUAAUUUUCAUUGCUUACAGUUCAAUAAAUUGAAACUCAGAACCUCCACAUCCUGCAGUGUUUUUAGUGUCAGUUAUCACCAUGUUUAUACAUAUGUGCUGACCUCACACAGCCAUGUUAUGUGAUUUGUUAUCUACAUGUCCGAUUCAUAGUCCCAAAGCUGUAAAUCAGGAACAAGUCUUAAUGACACGGGAGGCAUUUCUGCACACACAGUUGAAGAGCUGUGGAGGGUAAUAUUAGUAGUAGUAUAGAAGACCAUAUGGGAAUCUUUUUCCACUGAUUUCCAUUAAUUUCUUUAUUUACUUUCCUGCAUGUUCCUACAAGCAGGAAAUCAUACAAACAUAUAUCACUUCAACAAUAAUCUGUGUA